AUGGAAUACGAUCCAGCAGUUUCUACUCACAAGGCAUCCAGCAUCACCAGCACAACCAGUACGAGCAGCAGCAGUACAUGGGAAUCCCAUCAUCCACAAUUUAAUACAACUCCACCGUCUUUCAAGGAUUUAAGCUCAAUGGAACAUGACCAUUUUAUGAUUCAAAAUGAAGACUUCAUUUCAGACAGAAUAUCGCUACAUGAUGUUACGCCCGCCAAUGUGCGUCUUGGUGAAAGUAUCGAUAUAAAACAUGAAUAUCACGAGCAAUGCAAUGUUGAUUCGGAACCAGUGGAUAGCGAGCAAGAGCAACGGGAUGUGACUCAUGACAGACAUAUCUAUCUCACCUCCUCGUACUUGCCUACUCCAAUCUACUUGCAACAUGGAGAUCAGAUCACUGUGCCGUUUACAAAGAGCUAUCAUACCAUGGACAGCAGCAGCAGCUCUCCUAAAAAGCAGCAGCAUCCGCCCCAGCAAGCGAGAAAGCCUGUUCGUCAAAUCCGUCCAUUGCAAGUGCCUGAAACUGCGCCCAACAAUACAAGACAAAGAUCAAGCUCUAUAUCCUCUGUGAAUUCAAGUUAUGGCUCCAAAAGACAAAAACCCAAUAACCGAGACAUUCUUACUGAUGACGAGAAGAGGGUCAAUCAUAUAGCAUCUGAGCAAAAGAGACGAAAUACAAUACGCUUGGGUUUCAAAGAAUUAACAGACAUCAUUCCCACCUUGAAGAACAUCAACAACUCAAAAAGCACAAUCCUGUUUAAAGCAGUUGAAUACAUCAAGCAUCUCGACAAACGCAAUCGUGGUUUAAGAGAAAAGAUAUCCACACUCAAGGUUCGAAUGAACGUAGAAGGCCGUAUGAUGCAACAACAGCAACAUCAACAAAGGAAGUAUUCACAUUAUCAGCAACAACAGCAGCAAGAACCAACCAUGGCUGAUACGCAUCAAUUUAGCCACUUACCUGCUAAUGCUGUCUCUGCUUUGAUGGCCCACAAAAACCAACAAAAGCAACUGGAAGCAUUGCAGGAGCAACUGAGACUUCAGCAGCAGUUGCUGGCCAAACACCAUAUUUUGCCUGAGCAUUUAACAUCUCCUCCGUCUCCUCCAUCUAUGCCAUCUUCAUCUUCACCAUCAGCAAAACGUUCAUCAUUUGCAAAUCACUUGUAUUCAUCCAAUCUACACAACAAUUACAACUCCAUCUCGAUUCCAUCAAGCAGAAGUAGUAAUAGUGAUGAUAAUGAUCAUGUAAUAAUCCCUCAUCAUUCUCAUUAA